CUCCGCCUCUCCUCUCUCUGCUUCCUCUGCUCCGUGUUCCAGCUCAGAGAAGCUGCGACCUCAGGGCCAUCAAUAUUUCAGAUCGCCCUGGGGUCGGUGCACGUGAUCGACGCUGGGGAGACGGCUCUGGUGGAGUGGCUGCGCGCGGCGCCCUGGGAGUGCGGCAAGGGUGUGGCUGGGAUGCUGCAGCGCUUCUGCUCGCAACUGGUCAAGCGAAGGCACCCGGGGAUCAAAGUGGCACGACUCACCCGGGACGACCAGAUGGGGUCCCAGGAGCUGAAGCAAUACCACCUAAUCGCCAAGCAGCGCGACGUGCUUCCGGGCGGGACCAUCAUCCAGGACUGGCAGCCCUACCGGCCGAGCGAGAGUAACUUGAGCCUGCUGGCGGCCAAGGGCCUGGAGUGGCGCGUGAACAACCGCGCGCGCCCGCGCGUGCUCACGCUGUGCACGCGCCCCUUCCCCAUCCCACCUGGCGGCAACGGCACGUGCUGCUACGUCAACAUCUACACCUUCGUCAGCGAAGGCGCGCAGGUUCAGAGCCAGCUUCUGUGGCAUCUGCAGCGCCAGGCCCCGCGUCUCGUCCACCUCAACGUCAUGUGCCAGCUCUUCCUGGCGCCCCAGCUGUGGUUACAGCUGGCUGAUUUCUGCCAGGCUGGCUUGGGGCUCGAGCUGGUCAAGGGUUAUACCGAACAAUACCUGCUGGAGGCCGACAUCUAAGGCCUCUCCAGUCGGAGGGGAGAGAAGAUGCACUUUAGACCCACCUCCUUCCUCGUAUCCCCCGAAAGCCCCGCCCCUGCUCUUUUCAAGCUCCGCCCCCUCCCCCUGCCCUCUGUCAUCGGCUCUGCCGCCUACACUUACCCGCAGUCCAUCCUUCCCUUCCCUUUUCCCCUUACAUCUCUGUCUGCCAUCUUGACUCUAGCGCCCCCAAACGCAGUUGCCCACACCCUGAUCUGAACCGCCGGGUUUGGGGAAGCCACUCGCGCUUCUGUUGUCCACCCAUUCCCUUUCCCUGCCAAAGAAUGGGUUCCUUCACAGCUUCAGAGCCUUUCCCUGUCCGUGCCCCAGCCUGGGAGAGUACUCUGCCCUUUGUGGCUUCUCCCUCCUGCCCCGUCGUGGAUGGAAGCUGGCAGAGUGUGUGCAAUGCCCAGUACCCGGCCAGGAGCACAGUUGCCCAAUACGUAUUACUUUUCUUGCUCCCGAUCUUUCUCAGGCCCCCAGAGCUUGCCCUCUGCUCCUCUCUUCACCGUCCUCUCAGUCUCCCGUGCCUGGACCUCUCUUAGUUCUCCGCUGUCCAUUUGUCUGCCCCUCCAUUCCCCUUCUCCAUGGUCUCUUCAUCGCCCGCCCUGUGUGUAAUAUGGAGAAGGACCUGUAAAGGAAAUAGAUUUAUAAUGCCCCACCCCCAUUUGGCCCCUGCUUACGCUCUGGUGAUGCACUUUUCUGAGGCUGCCUCCUCUGACUGGGGUUUCCUCCAACUUUGCACAAUGGUGCUAUUUUGCAGACUCCCUUCCCUAUGCCCCCAACCAGGGGCCCGAAGCAGGCCCGUGAACCAGAGGGUUCUGGGUGGAGAGCCUGGUGUAGUGGAGGGCAGGUCGCUCAGCCUGGUGCGAGUCUGUCUCCUGCUUCUACCCGGGCUGCCUCCUAGCGUGACUGGAACCCCCUCCUCCAGAUAUUUCUGGACACCCCUCCCAUCCUCUUGUUCCUUUAUGCUUUUUGUGGACUUUGACAGUCUUCUAUUUAAAUGCAAGUAGUAACAGCUGCAUUUGCACAGCGAUGUCUCCUACACGGGAUCCUCACAUCUCCCGCACAGGGAGGAGAGAGAGGCUCAGACUCAAGUGCCUUCCAAGUGGCUCACAAUAGCUGGUAGCCUGGCAGAGACUAGAAACCAGGUGUCCCCAGCCCAGAGUAUACCUCAGAACCUCACUGUAGCUGGAACUUCUUGUUGGACAAUGGACAGUGAGCACUGGGUUCGCUGGGGAUGGAAUCAAAGACAUGGACAGAGGAGGGCGCCAGGAGGUGGAAGAAGGUGGACAAAGCAGACAGCCGCUGCUCCCCUCUUUCCCCCCGUUCCGGCUGUGCUGCUGUGCCUUGCUUGGCUGCCUCCUGCACCUGACCAAGCUGCCCGCCUCCCUGUCACUUCAACCAUGGCUGUA